AUGGCUUCAUUCAAUAGUAGACCCUAUAUGCAUCGUGAAUUAUCGACAAACGUAGGUAAUCAAUAUUUUGUGAUUACAUUAACAAAUUUUCCUGAUUUUUUACGACGUACACCUCAAUAUCAACUACCAACAGAUCAUCAACCUGUAAACGAACGUGAUGAUGCUUUCUUUCUAUCGAACGAAUCGGUUCAUAGACGAGUCGAUGAUUGUGAACAACACGAACGGUUCUUAUAUAAUGAAUUGACAUACGAUUUAGAACAAUCUAUUCGAGUUUAUCUUCAACGCACUCGACGAUCCUAUCCAAUUAAUAUGGUUCUUGAUCUAACAAAUAUUCAUCAACGACGAUAA